CUGGGAAGGGGAGCCCUGCUCGGUGCAUUCCAGGCAGGAAGGAAAGCCUGGAGCUGUUGAGAACUCGCAAUCUUCAGGGAAUUUCAGUCGCCGUCCGAAGCCCGGUCGCAACCAACGGAGUAACGGUGCAGGGUUUGAAUCGCUGUCCCGCCCCCGCCGGCAGCGCUGCCUCCUCCCUCCCUCCCUGCGCGCUCCUGCCUGCGCUGCGCGCCGGGCAGCGGCCGUGGGGGUGCCCGGGGGGGUCCUCCCCAGGGCAGGGGGCUGUGCCAUGGUCUAGGGGGGCUCCGCGCCUGUCCCCUGCCUUCCCCCCCCAACCCAUCAUGCCAUUGCUGGACUUCUUCUGGGCUUGCUUCAAAAGAGCCAAGUGUUUCACAUUGCCAGAAGAUAAGAAAGAUGCAGAAACCGAAGCCAAGAAAGCCUGUGAGUGGCUGCGGGCGGCGGGAUUCCCCCAGUAUGCGCAGCUCUACGAAGACUCAUUGUUCCCUCUCGACAUCGGUGCUGUGAAGAAGGACCACAGCUUCCUGGACCAGGACUCCCUCAAAUCCCUGUGCAGGAGGCUGAUGACCCUGAACACGUGUGCCUCCAUGAAGCUGGAAGUUCACUUUCAGCGUAAACAGAAUGAAGACUCUGAGGAGGAAGACCUGUGUGCCAUCAGUGACCGGUGGACUUUCCAGAGGGACAGCAAGAGGUGGUCCCGGGUGGGGUCCGUCGACAUCCUCUCCCAGGGCUCUGAGGUCCUGAACUCCAGCAUGAGGCCGGUGUCCAGCCGUGAGAGCAUCCUCACGGACCUCAGCACCAACCCGGAGGCUGUGUCCCUGCACAGCAGCGGCAGCAGCGGCAGCACCGGUGGCACGCUGGGCACUGGGACUGUGCCACCCAGUCCCCUGUCCCCUCCUUGUGCCAUCGCCACCUCCAGCCACAGCCUGAGCCAGCACUCCUUGCCAGAGCAGCCCCCAGGCCGUGGCCAGGGCUCCAAGGAGAAGCUGAAGAAGCGACGGUCUCGCAGCUUCCUGAAGAGGAUCGAGUCCCUCCGAAGGAAGGACAAGGAGAAAGCCGACCUGGAAGAGAAGGUGGCCCCGCAGGGCAGCGUCGCAGCCGCACCAGGAUGGGGGUCCCUGAAGAUGAACGUGGCAGCCACCAAGGCCAGCUCCCCUAAAAGAGGGAUAUCUGCCUCUUUCCGUGGCAAAAAACACUUCUUCUCGGUAUCGUACAGGACUCACCGCUUGCAGGGCUCGGGUGGGAGCAAGGGGAGCUCCGACUCAAAGCGUGGUGCCGUCUACCUGGAGGACCCGGGGGCGGCUGCGGCGGCCGGAGCCUGCCAGCACCACCAGCAGCCGUGCCGGGGGGGCUGCCGCGUCUACAUCCCCCGGGACCACAAGCCGGGCACCUUCCCCAAAUCCCUCUCCAUCGAGAGCUUGUGUCCCUUGGGCGGCAGCUCCCUGGCCCACUGGAAAUCGGGGAAUGCAGGGGCGGGGCUGGAGGGAGGAGGAGGCAGCAGCAGCAGCGCGGGGGGCUCGUCCUCCCCACGGGGCUUCACCUGCCGCCGGCGCCGCGGCUCCUGCAGCUCCCUGGGCAGCCGGGUCAGCGUGUACGACAACGUGCCAGAGACUGGCAGCAGCGAGGAUUUCUGCAAGGCGGACGGGGAGGUGACCUACGAGAACCUCGACGACAUCCUGCAGCACAUGUGGGGCCUGCAGCAGAAGGUGGAGCUCUGGUAUAAAGCCAUCUCCCCCGACCUGGCUGGGGAGGAGCGGGGCGAGGAGGAUGAGGAGGAGGAGGAGGACGAGGACGAUGAUGGGGAAUCGGACUCGGGAGGAGAACCCUCCAACCUGCACUUCGAAGAGCGGUCCAUGUCGGACGUCGGCACCUCUGCCAGUGACUUUGACAGCACGGGCAACUCCCUGAACGAGGCCGAGGAGAUGGAGAUGCGGGAGCGCCGGGACUCCGGGGUGGGAGCGUCGCUCACCAGGCCCUGCAGAAAGCUGCGCUGGCACAGUUUCCAGAACUCGCACCGGCCCAGCCUGAACUCUGCCUCCCUGGAGAUCAACCGCCAGUCUUCAGCCCAGCUCAACCUGCUCCAGAAGUGCUCCCUGCUCCGCCUCACGGCCAUCAUGGAGAAGUACUCCGUGCCCCACAAGCAAGCCUGGACGUGGACUGUGCCCAAGUUCAUGAAGCGCAGUAAAGUCCCCGACUACAGGGACAAGACAGUCUUUGGGGUGCCACCCAUCAUCAACGUGCAGCGGACGGGGCAGCCGCUGCCGCAGAGCAUCCAGCAAGCCCUGCGCUACAUCCGCAGCCAGUGUCUGGACCAGGUUGGUAUUUUCCGCAAGUCAGGGGUGAAGUCCCGGAUCCAGGCUCUGCGGCACAUGAACGAGACCAGCCCUGACCACGUCAGCUACGAGGGGCAGUCUGCCUACGACGUGGCUGACCUGCUGAAGCAGUAUUUCCGUGACCUGCCCGAGCCCAUCUUCACCAGCAAGCUGACGGACACCUUCCUGCAGAUCUACCAGUUCGUGCCCAAGGAGCAGCGGCUGCAGGCGGUGCAGGCGGCCGUCAUCCUGAUGCCCGACGAGAACCGGGAGGUUCUGCAGACCCUGCUCUACUUCCUGAGUGACAUUGCUUCUGCUGAGGAGAACCAGAUGACCGCCGGGAACCUGGCCGUGUGCCUGGCCCCCUCCAUCUUCCACCUCAAUGUGUCCAAGAAGGAAAGCACCUCUCCAAGGGUGAUACACAAGAGAGGCACCAUGGGGAAGCCUGACCAGAAGGACCUCAAUGAGAACAUGGCUGCGACGCAGGGGCUUUCCCACAUGAUCACUGACUGUAAGAAGCUCUUCCAGGUCUCCCAUGACAUCUUGCUCCAGCUGAGCAGCUCCUAUAUGGCAGCAGAUGCUUACCCCCACCCCCUGGCUGACUUCAUGUGCCAGGGGGAAAGCAAGGACUUACACUCCUACUUUGAGCAGAGUGUCCAGAACCUGCUCAAAGAGUCGUCUGAGAAGUUCAAGGGGUGGCUGAGCACCCCAGGGCCCCUGAACACAGAGCUCUCCUGCAAAAAGGUUGGAGAUGGGCACCCUCUGCGCUUGUGGAAGGUCUCCACAGAGGUGGAAGCCCCCCCGGCCACGGUGCUGCACCGGGUGCUCCGGGAGCGUCACCUCUGGGACGAGGACCUGCUGCAGAGCAAAGUGGUGGAGGCCCUGGAGAAGAACAUGGAGGUCUAUCACUACGUGACCGACAGCAUGGCACCCCACCCACGCCGGGACUGCGUGGUGCUCCGGCGCUGGUGCACAGACCUGCCACGGGGAGCCUGCCUGCUCAUCUCCAUCUCGGUGGAGCACGACAAGCUGCUGGUGGAGGGAGGAGGUGUCAAAGCCAUCGUCCUGAUGUCCCAGUACCUCAUCGAGCCCAGCGCCAUGGGGCGUUCCAAAGUGACCCAUAUCUGCAGAGCUGACCUCAGGGGCCGGUCUCCCGAGUGGUACAACAAGGUCUUUGGCCACCUCUGCGCCAUGGAGCUGGCAAGGAUCCGAGACUCUUUCCCAGCCCUGAGUUCCAACGGCCCUGAGACAAAGAUCUGAGGCACCAGGGAGAUGCUCUGUCCUGUCUGAUGUGGACUGCUGGUGGACGUGGGCUGGGGCUCUUGGAGGGGAGCCCAGUGCCAGAUGUGGAGGGGGAGCAGAGGCUGGUGUGUGGACAGGCACAUACUGAUGAGUGUCCUUCUGCCCUGGGGUGGGCAUUCCCAUUCCCACCAUCUCUGCUGCUGCUUCAGCCAUGCCUCCCUCAUGCUGGGCAGCAGGUUGUCCACAGAGGUGAAGCUGAGGAGCCCGUGGGCUGAGGGAGGUCAGAAAGCAGAGGGAAAGAGGGGGGGAUGCCCCUCGGGAGGGCAAGUUGAGCUGGGUCCCCUGUGCAAGCUGUGAGUAGGGACUGAGGUUUGUGGAGAGAAGGAUCAUUAAGAGGGGGAGGACGGGCAGGUCCGUAGGUCACAGCGCGGUGUCGGGAAGUGAGGGGUGGGCAGUGAGGCGGGGGGAGCGGAGCAUGUCACCUGGUGGGGACAGCCAGGGAGGCACCCCAGAGCCUGUGUGGUGGUGGAAGAGGCUGCUGUUGUGGGAGGAAGGGGCUGCAUCCCAACAGCAGGGUGUGCCUCGGGUGGCAGAAGGAGUCUGUUGCACCUUUGGUGCUGGAUUUCAUAGAAGACAAAGCCCUCUGGUCACGGGCCUUGCUGUCCGUCAGCUCAAAGCCUCUCUUCUGCACCAGAUGUCAGUGGGGGGCUGGAUGGAUGAUAUUCCGAGCCAAGCCCAUCCCUUGAAACCAACCACCCAUUGUUUGAAGUGUGCAGGACAUGUCUGAAGCCCCAGAGCUACAAGCUGGGAUGGGGCAAUGUGCACCUGGUGGGAUGGCGGGGAGGGGGCGGUGUCCUGGGGUCACCUUUUUGGUGGCCAAGCCCUUGACCUCCUGUGUGCAGAACUAUUCCCUCCAAAAACCGUCUGUUCCCCUUCCAUCCCUCCCUUUCCUCCCCGGAGAAACCACCUGCUGGAGCUGUCAGCACCCGGGAGCCGACCUGGGUUCUCUGUUCAGGCAGGGACCCAAGUAACCAGACAUUGUUCCAACUGGAAGGCAACAUGACCCACACUUGGGAGCCGUUCCCAGGGUCAGUUUCACUGUAACACAUCCUCUCUGUCUCUCUUUUGGUGGAAAAAAAGAGCAACCCAGCCUGUGUUCUGCAUUUUUAUAUAUAUAUUUAUAUAUAUAAAAAAAUACAACUAAUAUUAGGGGGAGUGAUUUUUCUCCUAAUUUUUAAAAAAAUAUUUCUUUUUUUUCUAUCUAUAAAUACUUGUACAGUUGGAAUAUUAAUAUAUAACUCAUAGAGCUCAGUGCCAGGUGAUGCUCACUUGAAAGAUGUGUGUUUUAUAUUGAAGGGACUUUUGUAUCAUGUGCAACUGCAACAGAUUGAUCGACUUGGAUUGGGGCUGCUCUUCCCAUCCAUGUAAUUAAUAAAGUACUAACGAUCGUG